AUGGCUCCAAUCAAACCAGCACCUCCCACCAAAAGAAAGGCCAAGAUAUUGAUGCUCCACGGAAAUUGCCAGUCCGGAGACUUCUUCCAAAUCAAAACGAAAGAGAUCCGAGAACGAUUCCACGAGGCAUUAUGCUCAAGCCUAUCAAAAGGACAAGACCCAAGCUUUCCCGGCGGAGUCGAGUUUGUCUAUCCAGAUGCGCCGUUCACUAUCCCAGAUAACCGUCCUGUUGACGACGUUGAGAACAACCACAGCUUCGACUCACUGAUCCGCGAGUCAUACAACGACCACAAUUAUAGUGAAUCGCACAUAUGGGGCUAUGGUGACAUCCAUGAAGUUAAUUUUCUCGGCCCUGAGUCUUCCAUCCCUUUUCUACGCGACGUCAUACGCAGCGAUGGUCCUUUCAUUGGGGUCAUAGGAUUCUCCUUAGGCGCUUGUCUCGCCAUCAUCUUGACCACAUUGCUGGAGAGGGAAAACAGCAACAAGCAGACUGGAUUACCAAAGUUCCAUCACCCACCGCUCCGGUUUACUGUCUGUUUUAGUGGGUUUAGGCUUUCGCACCCGGCGUAUGAGGCAUAUUAUACGCACCCGAUACAGACACCGAUCCUUCAUAUUGCAGGAAAUUAUGACACUAUGAUCCCGCCAGCCGAGACUGAGGAUUUGCUGGAAAUCUGUCCAAAUGGAAAACUCGUCUGCUUCGAUGGCACGCACUAUGUGCCCCACGAAGAAGAAGUUACGAAGAGGGUUGUCGAAUUUAUAAGCGAGUCACUGGGCUGGAAACACGGGUCCGGCAUAUGGGAAGAUUGGGAAGACAUAUGA